AUGAAUCAAUUAUCAUCAAAGUUUGUCCAUAAAUUCUACUCAUUAGACACAACCAGAUCGUCCUCUUUAUCGGCCGACAAGAAACAAGAGUUGUCAUCAGUUUUAGGCAACGGAUGGACACUACUGUUGUCAUCGUUAGUACAGUUGUGGACAAAGACACAGAAAGCGAAGCAGUGGUCCAUUGACUACAAGAAGAUCCUAUGCGUUGUCACCCAAACGACUGACGCCAACACGUGUUUCAUCCGAGUCUACGACACGAGCUGUCAGAAGAUCCUCUUCGAGCUCGACAUAAGCGAUGACAAAGACUUGAACUUUGAGUGGAGGAACACCACGUUUUCGGUGAUGACGGCACCGGACGGCUCGAGCGCUGGCGUUAAGUUUUCCCAACGACUGGAGGCCAACGACUUCAAGAUUCUUGUAUUGGAGCGCAAAAUGAGACGAUUUGGUCCGCAGAGUCGUCCACAACUGGAACCGUUGGCCACCAAAGACUUGGCCACUAAAGAGCCCAAGACAUGGAGGAAGGAGACGGUGGGGACUGUUAUGACACCUCAUGUGAUCCCAAGGAGGGCUGAGAUAAAGAAGCGGUCUCGAGAUAAUAGACGGGAAACCGACUCCAGAGAUCGUAAGAGGUCUCACCCGACGAGUGAAUCCAUGGACACUACGGAUGCCAUUUAUGAACCGGUGCUGAAGGAGCCGGUGAUAAGGGAACCCAAUUUGGAUUUGAUUCUGGAUAAGGGUUUCCAACGACUCGCAACUGGAAUCCGAUAUUUGGACUCAAGUCUUAGUCAACUGAUAGGUGAUGUCCAAAAUUAUCCACAAAAACAUCGACCAAUGAAUGCCUUCUUCCCGAAGACAUCGCUGGAAGUGAUGGAUGAAUGCGAUGAGGAAGACGUGGUAACACUUGAUAUGAGCAGACAAUCGAUGACUCUAAUGGAUAUAUCGCUACAAACGGCGGUUAAAGCAAAGUAUCCCACGAAUGGUCAUCCAAUGACAGCAAUGAUAUCGACUGAAGAACCAAAAGAAACGAAUCCACCGUCGGAUCAGUUUUCGGUUUAUGAGUUGAAUAAACUCUUUGAACGAAUGGCCGAAAAGUGGACACAAACUUCGGAUCCAAUCACUGAAUCUAACGCUAAGAAAGUGAAGAUUGGUGUGAAUUUGACGGUUGGACUCAAUAAUCAAUUGGUGGACAAAUCGAAAGACAUAACCAUUGAUAAUAAGUCUAAUUGGAAACGAAUUGACAAAGACUUGGAUCAGUUAACUGAAAGCAUUGAUGAAUGCGAACAGCUAUUAAAUCAAUUGAGUUGUGGUGUGAAAGACAUUGUCAUUGAUAAAGCAAUUGAUAAUCAAAGUGGAAGUCCUUCAAAUGAGAACCUAAUAGACGUGAAGGAAAAGGCUAUCGAUAAAAAUAAUAACCAGGAGAGUGGUAAAUGUGAUGAUAACAGUUACAAAGAAGUCUUGAUUGAACUCCCAUUUGAGACAUCGAUAGACAUAUCACUGACACAGGGAUCUGAUUCUCCGAAAUCCACACCAUCGGAUCAAAUACCACAAUCUGUGCUACAGUUGUCUAUGGAUUUGAUUGAAGAGAAACGCAAGCAAAAGACGGUUAUCUUGAAUUCGGAGAAAUCGGUGCCAAUCUAUGGCUGCGAUGAAUGCGUUAAGACAGUGGCCGAAGAAACCGGAGAAGAGUUAGCUCUAAACGGAUCGGUAACUAAUAGUAGUAAUACUGAAGAUAAUGACACCAAAGGAUUCGAUGAAGUGGAUGCCAGUGGAGGCAGUUGUAACACACUGACAGAUGUAACAGUAGAAGACAAUGGAGGUAAUGGUAAUGUUGAGGACAAUGAAGUCGAUGAAAACAAUGGAAAUAAAGAAGACAUUUUGGGCGAUGAAGUGAUUGGAGAUAAUAAAGAUAAUGGAGAUGUUGGGGACCAAGUGGUCGAUGGCAAUGAAGACAAUGAGGACUCGGAUGCCAUUGAAGUGGUAGAGGAGUCAGACAAUGGGACAGGAGUUGAGACAAAACCAACUAUUGGUGAGAAAGAAAUGCUUAAAAAGAAGAAAUUGACGCCAAAGAAGAAGAAAAAGAAGAAGAAUGUCAGCAAUUGGUUGAGACGAUUGGUCGGUAAGAAAGAGGAUAAAAGUGGAAAGGGAUCGGACGGGCACUGGAAAAGUGUGCGACAGAUGGACGACACAGAGAUUAAGGCACUGAUCGAUCAGCACCGGGAGAUACACUUAGAGAUACUACGGUUGAUGACUCGGUUGUAUACAACUACCAGGUGUCCAGAGAUGAUGAAGUGGUUAGACGUGAAGGAUUGCAAAGAAUAGUUAUGUCAGAGGUGGUAGAGCACCGGUAGUCUGACUCCAAUGCUUAUAUAACUAUUUGUAUUUAUUUGUGAUUUUUAAUAUCCGA